AUGAACGAUCAUAGAGAGAUCCCUGUUACAGCAACUAGCACUGGCAUGUCCAACUAUGGCAGCAACAACCCUUAUGUUCACAUUUCCCCUCUUCCUACUUCCUCUACAGCCACAAACCGUCCAAACCCAAUGGAUACGGUAUAUGAUGCAUUAAACCGUUGUAGCCGGAAGGUUGAAGAAGCAACUAGACGAGCUGAGAUUAUGGCUGACAAUUUCUGGAAUCACAUAAGAAUUAGUUCAAAUCUAGCUGAUGCAACAAUAGCUAGAAUUGUUCAAGGAACAAAGGUGCUUACUCUAGGAGGGCCUGAUAUGUUAUUUCAACAAACAUUUGGGAUUUUCCAAGAAGAGAAACUCUUAAAGCCAUUUGCUUGCUACAUAUCAACAUCCACUGGACCUGUAAUUGGAACGCUUUAUGUAUCAACUAAAAGAUUAGCCUUUUGCAGCGACUAUCCACUGUGUCAUUAUCCAUUCUCCCAGCAAAAUCAUACCGUGAACUAUAAGGUCGUAGUGCAGCUGGAUCAAUUGAGCACGGUUUGUCCUUCAACAAAUAGAUUGAAUCCUGCAGAAAAAUACAUCCAGCUUGUCACGGUGGAUGGUUAUGAAUUCUUUUUUAUGGGGUUUGUUGCAUAUGAAAAGGCUCUCAAGACUAUAAAAGAGGCUUUACAGCAAUAUCGCAACCAUUACAGAGGAGGCUUGAGUGUUCAGCAAGCUUGA